UUCGAGCCGAUAAGAUUGCAUUCCGGUGUCGCAAUAUUGGUGGCAAUGUCCUCCCAAAUCCGUUUGUGCUGGAACUGGGCCGUUCGUACUGUACAAUCGCUCGACGAUGAAAGCGACUAUUUUCGUCCGACGGACUAUGGUUUGGUGGCGGCAGGAAUCCAAAUUCGAUCGAAAAGUCCGACACUGCGGUUCCUGUUCCGGCUCUACCACGCCCUCUUGUUCCUACUGUAUUUUAUCUGUGUCGAUCGGGUCUAUGUUUACGUGGCCGAACGUGACUUCUCGCCCGAUUGCAUUGCAACCUUUACGGUGAUGAUCGAGAUGUUCACGCUGAUGGCUCAAGUUAGAGUCGUUGGGCUAUAUCGAGCGGAGUUGGACAGGGUACGAGACUAUCUGCGAAGCCGUCUGAACGGUGAUCGAAGCGAGGAACGAACCAGAUCGUAUCGUCUGAUUUGCCGCAUCGUGGUCUACUUUGAGCUUUUUAAUAUUGUCGAUCAGAUCGUAAUAUUUCUGUUGGGCAUCUUCAACCAACCGAUGUAUGAGGUGCCGAAAAAUUUACUGCAGAAAGGUUACUUCAUUGAUCUGAUCAUUCACCACGUGAACGCGAUCAACAACGUGCUGGUGACCAAUUUAUUUGUGGGUUUCAUAACAAUCGUCAACAACUACAUGAUGGCAUUUCGGACCGAGCUAAAGAGCAUUGCUGCCGAUUUGGCAGUUAUUUUCGACCGAGUUGAUCGAGAUAUUGAAGGGACUGGAGCUGAAGCGGAUAAAGAGCUGUACCUGCUGGUUGCUCUGAAACGAGAGCUGUGUUCUAUUGCUGAGAGGCACAGCGAGCUGCUGAUUCAGUUGGAUCAUAUUAAAGGGUUCUUCAAAUGGAGCGUCUUUUGUUUGUUCUACGGUCAGCUGAUGGCGACGGCAACGGGACUUUUCUACAUCAACAUACUGGGGCUAACGAUGAACACUGUGGUUCUGAUCAGUUACUUUUGCGCUGUUAUCCUCGAGUGUUACUGGUUCUGCCGGUUGGUGGAUACCAUGAACGAUGCGAACGAACGCAUCGGUGACACCCUGUACAGCUUGGACUGGCCCCAGCGGUUGCGGUACCGGGGGGUGGAUGACAGUCAGCGGGAAUACCGAGAGAUUCGAGCCUCGAUGCUUACGGUAAUGAUCAACUCGCGGAACAAUUUGGGCAUCAGCUGUGGCGGGUUGUUCAUCAUGUCGGCCGAAGCGUUCGCCGAUUUUGUGAAACUGGUCUACCAGAGCACUAUGUUUCUGCUGAACAUGGUGCAGUGAACGUUGUGCGUUCCUAGAUCCCAGCAAAAAUUUGCGAUCGCAGGAAACAUUCAAACAUGAUUUUCAAAUACUAUAGUCAACAGGUUUCAACAUUAAAGAAUUAAGGAAUUAAUUUUUGCACUGUUCACAUGAAAAAAGUUACGCGAAUAAAUACCCGAAGAAAGUCCACUUAUUUUCCCAAACAGAGCCAUCAAUAUCGGACUACUAUGAUUACUAUCUUCACUAAACAGGUUUUCUUGAAUUCUAAACGACCGAAAACCAGGGAAUCAUUAUUGGUUGA